AUGCGUCGUUCGGCUGUAGUCACGGGUGAGGUGCGUCAGCUUGUGGCAGAAAAGCGACUUGACGUCCUGCUCUUGCAGGAACCAUACGUCAGGAAGCAGAGCCACAGCCACACCUUCUAUGGUUUAGGGACAGGGAUGCGGAUUGCCGCUGUACGCUCGCAUCAUCCGUGGGCGGCGGUUGCGACCUGUAAUCCCAAUUGGGAUAUGCUUUUUGUCUCCCAACUUAGCACGACCCAUUGCGCCUGUGCGGAAGUGCGAGCUCCCGGCUUCUCAUUCCAUGUUGCAUCAUGUUACUUCCAGUACAGCGACGAGAUUGAGAUGCACCUCAGGCACCUCGAGACGGUGUUUCAUUCGCUGAGGGGGAAGAGAAUCUUAGUGGCGGUAGAUGCCAACGCGCGGUCGUCCCUCUGGGGUCCCCAGAGGACAGACGAAAGAGGGGCCAAGUUUGAGGACCGCAUCCGAGCGAAUGGUAUGUGCGUUGUGAAUCGCGCUGGCCAGCCGCCCACAUUCUGGACGACAAGGGGUUCGUCAUUCAUCGACGUAAAAUUGGCGUCGCCCGCCAUGACCCAGUUCAUCGGGGAUUGGACGGUACGGCGCGACUGGACGACCAGCGAUCACAGUGCUGUGGACAUUAGGUUGAGGGUGCCAAGGGUAGCAACAGGCGGUGAUGGGUGUGCAGGACUCACACGGUUCAACGUGCGUUGGGCCGAUUGGGAAGUGUUCACCCAGAGCCUGUCCGAUCUCUCGAGAUCGCGGCUCGAGGUCCUUGAUCUUGCCUCCGCAAGUAAAGUCGAAGACAUGGCGGUGACUCUAGCGGGAGUCCUUACGGAGUCUUGUGAAGCUGCUAUGCCAAGGAAGAAGAUUUUUAGGAAGUCCAACCCGUGGAGGACGCCGGAAUUCCCUAUUCUUAAGAAACGGCUCUACCGGCUAAAGAGGAACCUUUAUCUUCAUUGGGAACCUGACGACCCGACUUACCUCGCUAUUAAACGGGAAUAUCGCUCAUCUUCGCGAAACUAA